ACAGGCAGACAUCAUCACUCCUGGCUAUGAUAUGGGUUAGUUAUGAUAUGAGAAACUGAUGAUGACAUCUCUGCACUCAAACUCCUGCGGUGAAAAACUCCCUAAUUGUUAAGUACUUAUUUUAAAAAAAAAAAAAAAAAAAAAACUUUUCAAAGAAGAAGAGGAAGAAGAAGAAAAUUGCUAUUGUUUUAACGUGUUAUUGCCAUGGAUAGCUUUAUGGUGGCUACAGAAAUCUGAAAUUGUUGGACCUUCAAAGAGAAGACAUUUCUAAUUUCAAGAGGAAAGAUGGGAUGUAACUGCAGUUCAGACUAUUCAGACGGCGAAUGGAUAGAGAACUUGGAUGAAAUCUGCGAACACUGUAACUGCCCUUUACCGCCCCCGUCAAGCAACCCAUACACAGAUCAGCUGAUCCCAUACCCAUCACAACAUUCACCUCCUACAUCUCCAUUACCAGACAACCUUGUGUUGGCCAUAUACAGCUAUGAACCCACCCACAAGGAUGACCUGGGCUUUGAGAAGGGAGACAAGCUUAAGAUAAUCAACAAGGAUGACGCUGAGUGGUAUCUGGCAGAGUCUCUCAUCACGGGCCAGAGAGGAUACAUCCCAUACAACUUUGUUGCCACCAUGAACACAAUGGAGACUGAGCCGUGGUUCUUCAAGAACCUUUCUAGAAAUGACGCCAUAAGGCUCCUCCUGGCUCCUGGGAAUACGCAAGGCUCCUUCCUGAUCCGAGAGAGCGAGACAACUCCAGGCUCAUACUCCUUAUCAGUCAGAGAGUUAGACCACAACUCCGGUGAAACAAUCAAGCACUACAGGAUCCGCAACAUGGACAACGGAGGGUUUUACAUCACAGCUAAGAUUUCCUUCAACUCCCUCAAGGAGCUUGUCCAGCAUCACUCACGUGAUGCAGACGGGCUGUGCACAAAGCUGGUGAAGCCGUGCCAGUCGAGGGCGCCCCAGAAGCCCUGGUGGCAGGAUGAGUGGGAGAUUCCCCGCGAGUCCCUAAAACUGGAGCGCAGGCUUGGAGCCGGCCAGUUUGGAGAAGUCUGGAUGGGUGUCUACAAUAAUGACAGGAAGGUGGCAAUCAAGAAUCUGAAAAUGGGCACGAUGUCAGUAGAAGCUUUUCUGGCUGAGGCUAACAUGAUGAAGAACCUGCAGCAUCCUCGCCUCGUCCGCCUCUUCGCUGUGGUCACCCAGGAGCCCAUCUAUAUUGUCACCGAGUACAUGGAGAAUGGUAGCCUGGUGGAUUUUCUCAAGACAAAUGAGGGAGCCAGUUUGUCCAUGAACAUCCUGAUAGAAAUGUCCUCUCAGGUGGCCGAUGGCAUGGCCUUCAUUGAACAGAGAAAUUACAUUCAUCGGGACCUGCGAGCUGCCAACAUCCUGGUGUCUCAUGAGCUCGUCUGUAAGGUUGCCGACUUUGGACUGGCAAGACUCAUUGAAGACAACGAAUACACAGCCAGAGAGGGUGCGAAAUUCCCCAUCAAGUGGACCGCCCCUGAGGCCAUCAACUAUGGCACCUUCUCCAUAAAGUCUGACGUGUGGUCUUUUGGAAUCCUCCUGACAGAGAUAGUGACAUAUGGCCGCAUACCUUAUCCUGGUAUGUCCAACCCAGAGGUCAUCCAGAACCUGGAGCGUGGCUACAGGAUGCCCAAACCAGAAAACUGCCCUGAUGGGCUCUACGGUAUUAUGAAUCACUGCUGGAGGGAAGGCCCAGAUGACAGGCCGACCUUUGAGUAUCUGAAAAAUGUCCUGGAGGAUUUCAUCACGUCCACAGAGACACAGUACCAGGAGCAGCUCUGCUGAGGCAGAAAUGCAUAUAUCAAGAGAAGGGACAGCCUGUGAUGGUGGACAUUGGGUUUUGUGUUAUUCAUCAUAGUGUAAAUGCAUUCAAACUAACAGGGUACAGAGUGACUUUGUCCAAAUAAUAGUAUUUUGCUUCAGCAUCGGGUUUUCUGGUGUGGCUUCUUAAAUAUGAUCCAGUCUCAUGUCUUUUGAUCCCCACAGAGCACAGACUAAUGGCAUAUCUCAACAUUUACAUGUGAAGCAUGAAUUUGGAUCGCUGUAGGCCAAAGAGUGAAUACUAAGCUGCAUCAUGAUAAUGACAAUUGUUUCAAUCAGUACUCAGAAAAUUUAUAUUUGUUUUAUCUGUGUGAUUGGUUGCUGUCCUGGCACUCAGUACUAAGAUGUAAAUAC